GAAGAAGGUAAUCAUUAGUUCAGCUUUCGAAGCGUGUACUUACGGCAUUCCAAACCCGAACGUUCCGAAGGUUAACUGGGUCAGAACUCGGUACUCGUCAAACUUUCAGGAGACUAAACACGGCACGGACAUUAAGCACCGUUAAUGAUGCUCAAUGGUUUCAUUCUCUAAGGCUUGUAUAUCAUUUCUAAUUAUCGUUCCACAAAUAGACAGCAAAUAAUAGAGUCAUCAUCGUUUUGAGCCAACCAAAAAUACUAAACGUCAUUUCUCCCCCUUUUCCGUGUGCUUAGAACGACCUAAAACUCGUGUAGGUAACGAAACAAAGCAAACAAAACAGUUUUCCCUUCCACGUUAGACAGUGCUGCAUUAGAAAGCUUUCUGUGGGAAGGGGAAAGACUUUCGAGACGUCGCCACAUUUCACCCCGCAAGCCUAUCGAACGGCCCCGACAGUGAGCGGGUGAACGGACGCUCGGAGCAGCCAAGCGUCACCAAGAUGGGCAAGAAAAAGCCAACGCCGGAGGAGGACCUGAUCAUACCGCCGCAGGACACGCGCAUCUGCGGCAUCAUCUGCGUCUGCCAGCUGACGUUCGUGCUGAGCACGGUCGCGAUCGUCUACCUGACCGUCGCGAUCUACAUGCCGUCGUCGCGCGCGUUCAAGAGCGGCAUCGACGAAACGCCCGUCAUGUGCACGACGACGCGCGCCCUCAACCAGGACGCCUGCGAGUGGGGCUCGUGCGGCGAAUGGUGCCUCAGCAAAACGUCCGGCGCCUGCAUCCAGAUCUACGUGCAUCUGCGCAUGAACGGCAGCAGUCUGCUGUUUACGAACUGUACCAACUCGGCGAACAAAACGUGCUACGGCAUCGAUCAGGAGAAUGCGAAGAAGUCGCGCUGCAUCGCGGACGAGUGCAAGAACCUGACCGGCACGUUCAACUGCAGCGCCGGCAUGUGCAUCAACAUCACCGACGCGUUCGAGUGCGUGUUCAAAAACACCGACCCGCCGCUCAAGUGCUCGGGCCGGCGGGGCAAGAUCACCUGCAUCGACAUCACCGGGCUGUUCUCGUGCAACCGGGGAACAUGUCGAAAGAUAAGAACUCCAUAUAAUUGCGAUCGUCGUUGCGUCGACAUACCGACCCGAAACAAGAACAUGAUCUUAUUAAGUGGAGAUAAAGUUUAUCUUUCGCAAUGUUCGAGCGCGAUCGACAUGGAAACGAAGCAGGAGGUGUGGAACGAGGCGGAGGACAAGGUGAUCAUGUCGUCCUGCUACAACAUCCAGAACACCUCGCUCGGCAUCGAGGCGAUCGAUUGCGUCAACGGGUCGGUGCUGGAGAAAACCGAGCUGACCGAUCUGACCAACUUCACCUACCUGAGCUACCUGCACUACGCCGUCUCGAAGCCGAUCAAGGUGAUCGCGCCGCAGGAGCAGGACCUGACGCUGUCGAACGAGAGCCGGCUGAUGAUCAAUCUCGAGGGCUGCGUCAACACGCUGCAGGACGAGUGCAAGGAGUUCCUGAAGGAGUUCGGCAAGGACGGCACCGACCACAAUGCGCGGGCCCGCUUCCCGUGCUACUACUCCAAGAGCAAGAUGCAGCAGGUCGUGGCCCGGUUCGAUCUCGAGACGACCUACCGCCAGUUCGUCUUCGGGUUCUUCGUGCCGACCAUCCUGUUUGGCGUCUCCUGCCUGACGCUCAUCUUCUGCCAGCGGACGAUCGUCGUCGGGGACGACGCGAAGAUGCGCUUCGUCGGGUGCGCCAACAAGAACCCGGUGGUGGCGAACGGCGGCGCCAAGAACCAGGACAUGGCCAACUCCGGUGACGGCGGUGGAGGUGGAGACUCCGUUAUGGCUCUCUGAGAUCCAUCACGCAUUCCUCUCCUGCAAGAAGAUAGUCCAGUACAUCAAUCGGGUGUGUUUUCUCUACACUAAAACCGUUUCCGGCCAGAGUGAUAAUCGGUAUUCUUCAGUCUAUCAGUCUCCCUUCCCCCUGCCUGAGAGCCUACGUCAACACCUAUCCCCUGUUGUUACUGUACACGUGUUAUUUCAUUAACGAAUUAUUUGCCAGCCUUCUCCUGCAAGCCGAAGUGUCGUUGAAUGACAGCAGCCAGCAAUUAUUCCGCAAAAACACACAACAAUCCAAAAAAGUUCGUUCAGUGCGAUCCUCGACCCUUAAAGACGCCAACCGGGAUGCUGAUCCAAUUGCUCUCUUUGUAGCAAUUGCAUAUGCCGCGUGAGCAGGAGCAGUACACAAGAGCAAACAAACAGCUGGGCUGGUGCAGAGUAUUACAACAAGAGCUGCUCACCGAAAUCCCGACCCGACGUGUUCGAACGAAUAAAAAGUGGCUUACACCGUGCGGUGUGGAUGGACACAGCGCUAGAACUGCACUUUAUAAUAUAAUAUCCGGCAAACGGAACAAGAGCAGGCCCGCUUAGCAAGGCCGAACGAUCGGCCAAGGCUUUGCUUGGAGGUUGCAAUUGCAUGGCAUAGCCACCAACACUGAACAAGCGCUACACAAACACACAUAUACACAUACAUUCGCGGAUGGGCCAGUGAAUGAUAAACCUCCCAAUCUCUCCUCCGACAAGCUCCCCCUCCUCCCCCCCAUUGUAUUGUUAAGUAAUGUGUAAUUUUUGAACCGUAAAACCAAUUUGUUACCAAGCUGUUCAUUUUUCGAUGCACCAAUGCCUUGCGUAAACACUUAACUUAGAACAAAAACAAAAACGAAACGAAAGAAGAAACGUUUGGCAGGUGGAAAGGUGCGAGUUAGCAAGCAUAAAAUACAAACAACGAGAAAGGCAUCCACAUGUUGUAGCGGAAAGGAAGUGCAUCGAAAAGGGGCACGAGCAAACCUGUUUAUUGAUAUUUUAAUUGUCAACGACAAAUCCCGUAAUUUGAUGACGAGCGAGAUACCGUACGGACGGCGUGCGCACGACCAACGGCGAACACCGAAACGCGUCCGGAAAUCGUAGAAAUCGGAAAUUGAGGCAGGAAUUUUGGCCACCCGCGGACCAAACAA